AAUUUUUCCGUUAAAAAGUGCUUCUGUUUAUCGUUGAAUUUCAUGACUGUACACGGUUUUGGUAACGCCCACCCUUCUAACAAAAUCGGUAUGCGUUCAUAUAGGCUCUUAGUUUCAAUGUCCAAUUUUUUUUGUUUCAGUGUCGAAAAAAUUGGACAUUGAAACUGAUAUAUUCAAACUUUUGGUUCGGUUCUUAGUAUCAUUGAUGGCAAUGUCCAAUUUGUUUUGUAAUGUUACGCGAAUUGAACCGUCCCGUUUCAGUCUCUGCUAUCAUAGCAGUGCUAUGCUAUUGAUAUAAAUUUAUGUUUUAGGUAAAAGCAAUGUAUAAAAAUGUGCUUCAAAAGCCGCUUCAAGAAAAAAAUCUUGCAUGUACAACUGAUUUAUGGAGAGAUGAUUAUCUACAGCGAUAUUAUCUUGAUUUUACUGCAUUUUGGAUAGAUGAAGAUUGGAAUCUUCAACAUGGUUUACUACAUUGUCGCUAUUUUGAUUAUGAAUCGAAAACAGGUGAAAAUAUAUGGAAAGAAUUAGAGAAAGUUUAUGAAGCAUAUAAUUUAUCUAUUGGUGAUACUCCGGUAACUACUGAUGGUGGAUCAAAUAUUAAAGCAGCCUUAUAUGAUGAAGCGCGUUAUCCAUGCUUAGCUCAUGCAACUAAUAUUGUACUUGAAACAGCAUGGAAUGAAACAAAAAAUAAUAAUUCUGAUUUUCAUUUAUUUUGUACAUCAGUGUCUGAUCUUCGAACAUUUGUUGUCCAAAGUGGUAAUAUUCAACACCAUUUACCAAAAACUUUAAAAGGAAUAUCAGGAACUCGUCCAUGGAGAUCGUAUUAUUUAAUUCAUGAAUCUAUUCAACAUUCAUAUGAAAAACUGCGAUUUAUAUUAGAAAAGAAACGUGAGGAUGAUCGUUUAUAUAGAAUAAAUAAACAUUUAUUAGAUGAUAUUGUGAAAUUAAUGGAAAAUUUUGUAGCUAUAUUUGAUAUAUUAGAAUUUUCAUUUAAACCAACACUGCAAAACCUUGAAAUACAAAAAACAUUAGAUUCUAAAUACUGGCCGUCGAUAACAAGAAUGCACUGGGUUGCAACAUUUUUAGACCCAUCAUUAAAAUAUUUAUUGUUUGUUGAAGAAAAAAAGUAUCGUGAUUUACAAAUGAAAGAAAUUUUAAAAGAUAUACAGUUACUUGCAAGUUCAUUUGAUGUUAAAGAUUUUAUAUCAGAAAAUGAAGGUGAAGAUGAACAGAUUCGAAUAAAAAGAAAAAAAACAGUAGAUCCAUUUGAGAAAUUUCGAGAAAACAAAUCACCAAAACCACCAAAUCUUAUGGAUAUGGUUAAAGACGAGAGAGACAAUUAUUUACAAGCUGCUGUUAAUAUGAAACAAUUCGAUAAUAAUCCAUUAAAAUAUUGGAAACAAAAUCGUGAAGAUUAUCCAAUGUUAUCAAUAAUUUCAAGACAAAUACUUGUUAUCCAAGCAUCGAGUUCAGAAUCGGAAAGGCAUUUUUCAGCUGGUGGUGCUAUUGUUUCUGAAACACGCAGUCGUUUAUCACCAGAAAAUGUUGAAUCUCUAAUUGUUCUUCGUGAAACUUAUGUGAAUAACAUGUGGUCAAAUGAUGAGCAAUUUUCGAAAAUUGAAUCAUAA